AUGUAUUUACAUGGAAAUGGAAGUUUGGAACUUAUUGGUGCCAAAAGGAAAUCGCUCUAUAAGUCCUUUGAUCACCCAACAAAGACAUGGCUCCCGAAACAGCUCCUGAAGUUUAAGACAAAUUUGACUUCUACCAUUUCGGUAUCCAAUCUGUCAACAGGCAAGUUCUCCCUUCAGUUAUCUUAUAAGAAUAUUGGUUUUUACUUUAAUCUUAGUUCUCCACAAAAAUAUCGGACUCUAGAUAUUCAAAAUGGAGAAAAAUUUUCAUCCGGCAUGGACCUCUUAAAAUUCUCUUUCAAAAAGGAAGGCGUGCGGUACACGGCAACAAGGAACCACUCCCUGUUCUUGAGGCUGGUACCGAAAGGCCAAUUCAAUAUCUAUCGAAUUACCGAUGGGAAGCUGGAGAUUUUUUAUCUCUCCAUACAAAAACUAUAUGGGGAGUGUAUCUACCCCACAUAUCGUGGCAAUUACGGGGUCUGCUCUCGGGAUAAAUGCAGUUGUCCAGGAGAUUCAAGAUACUUUAACAAGUUGAAUGCUACCGCAAAUGAGUUUUCAUGUGCACAGGAUGCGCCAUUGUCAUGCCAAAACAUAACUCUUCACAAAUUUUUGACGCUUGAAAAUGUUUCUUACUUUGGAUUUGUCUCCCAGUUUGUCGAUAUAGAUGUAGAGAGCUGCAAAAUGGCAUGCCUGAAUGAUUGUUCCUGCAAAGCUGCCUUGUUCCAGUACAAAAGCAACCUUAACAUUGGUAACUGUUCUUUACCAAUGGAACUUUAUUCUCUGAGGAAUAAUACGGGAGUGGUUUUUAAUGAUAAUGCAUUAGCAUUCAUCAAGGUACAAAUGCAAUCAAUUAUCAUUGCAGAAACGCCCUCGAAAGAACAGAAACUGCCUCUGGUUUUAUUGAUGGUAUUGCAUGUUUCUGCUUUCCUAGUUUUAUCUAUUGGAGCAUGCUAUUGCUACAAAAGAUGGAGGAAGAAAAAAUUUGUGCUUCAAAUGCAAAGACGAGACAACUCCAAUGACUCAUCUUCCCUUCAUGUAACCAACAUUUUGAGGAAGUUUUCCUUCGAAGAUCUGCGAUCUGCAAUGCAAAAUUUCCAGAUUAGGCUUGGUCGUGGAGGGUUUGGAUAUGUUUUCGAAGGAGUCCUGCAUAAUAGUACUAAAGUUGCAGUGAAACGCUUAGGUCCUGAUGUAAAGCAAGGCAAGAAAGAAAUCCUGUCAGAAGUUGAGACAAUAGGCAACAUUCACCAUUUUAAUCUGGUAAGACUUGUUUGUUAUUGUGCUCAAAGAUCAAAUAGACUUUUGGUCUAUGAGUACAUGUUUAAUGGUUCAAUAUAUAAAUGGAUUUUCCACCGAAACCACGCACAAACUCUCACUUGGGAAACAAGAAAGAAAAUCAUAGUUCAGAUAGCAAAGGGACUAGAGUAUUUGCAUGACUAUUGCAAUCCAAACAUCAUUCACUUUGACAUCAAACCUCAAAACAUCCUCCUGGACACAGAUUUGAAUGUCAAGAUUUCUGAUUUUGGGUUAGCUAGGUUGAUUGAUAAGGAUCACACCCAUGUGAUGACUAUGCCAAAGGGAACGCCGGGAUACAUGGCUCCUGAGUUGAUAGGGGGUAGAAAUAUCACAGUGAAGAUUGAUAUUUACAGUUUUGGAGUUGUGGUGUUGGAAAUCAUUUGUGGAAGAAAAAGUUCUAACUCCUGGCAGGGUGAUUAUCUAAUUGAUACUCUGAAGAUCAAGGCAGAAGAAAAUCAACUUUCUGAUUUAAUUGAUGAACAAAGUGAGGACAUGCAAAACAACAAAGAAGAUGCUGUAAGGAUGAUCCGGAUUGCCAUUUCAUGCUUGCAAAAAAACUUGUAUAAAAGGCCUUCCGCAUCGAUGUUGGUGAAGGUUUUUGAGGGUUUAAUGGACUUGGAAGCUGCAGCAGACUAUAGCUUCUUAAAUUUUAUCCUUGAAGAAACACCCCCAGAUAUCAUCCCAAGUGCUUCAUCAAAAAUCAUACCAUCAGUUUUUAACAAAUUGAUUAUUAUGCAAUCAAAAUAA